AUGGAUGACAACCCACUCGGUAUCUCUCCAUCUAAUCGUACCGAAGACUUCACGAAUUGGUUGUUCGAUCCCAACUUGUCGGGUUACUAUGAUUUCAUCCUCGAUCAACCCAAUGUCUUCGGCCAGAUCUACAGUAACGAGGUACCGGCGCCGAUGUUCGACCAUUCCAUGGAUUCGAAUGGGCUCGUUCCCGAUGCUGUGUCCAGCACUGUGCCCUCGCCUACAAGAGCUUCUGGAUUCCCGGAAUGCAAGCGAGUGCAGCUGCUGGAUCUCAUUCGAGAGCGUUUCUGGGCUGGAGGUGCUGCUACUAUGCUUGUGAAAGGACAACUCUUCAGCGGGGAUCUGGACCAUCCUCUGCACGUCAUGAGCAUGGUCUCCCUGGAGCUGUACAUCGCGACAUACUUUGCCAGCUUCCACGACCAAUUUCCCCUGCUUCACAAGCCUACGUUUAUUCCGGAUCAGGUGAACGAUUUGCUCCUGCUGGCGAUCCUCGGUGUCGGAGCGUCUCUGCUGGAUGAAACCCAGCAUACUGCGGACUUCUGCUCAGCGGCAGCCUCAUUCGGGACCUUCGUUGCCUGGUCUUUGCGAUGGCAAAUUCUCAUGGAUCAAGACUCUGGACCACCAGCUAAGCUGUGGGUACUGCAAUCGUUGGCUAUUCUCGAGUUCUACGAAAAGAUGAACGCGACAAGACCUCUCCACGAGCGAGCCCAUGUCCACUUUGCCGCAACUUUGACUCUGAUGAGGCGUGGCAGUGCGCUCAUUGGCGAUCAAAGCACGCCUCCGUCGCGAGAUGAGCCCGCCGUGUCCGGGAGUGCGGAUCACAGCUGGUUCACCCACUGGAUUGCAAGCGAGGCGACACGACGAUGUGCGUUCGGGGCUUUCUUCUUGGAUGCACUGCACGCUACCAUGUUCGGUCAUGCUGCAACCAUGGUCAUCCACGAAAUUCAGCUGCCGCUGCCGGUCGACGAUGCACAGUGGACUGCUUCCACGGCCUCAGAAGUGGCAAGAAUCGAGUUCAGUCUGCACAAUAACGGCAUCAAACCUACUUCAUUCCUCAGUGGCAUCAAGAGUACUCUCAUGAGCCAGAGGGUCCGGACCAACCCUUUCGGGCGGCUUAUUCUGAUGGGUGGACUUCUGUCUAUCGCUCACCACAUGCGUCAGAAGGAGCUGUACAAAAACACACUUGAGGAGCGCAGUAGCAUUGCCGCCAUGCCCGAGGGCUGGAAGAAACAAUUGAUCAAGGCUUUCGACUGGUGGAAGAGAGACUUUGACAGCAGUCUUGCUCACAUGCAGGCAUAUUCGGUCGUUGGUGCGAAGACGGGCUUCAGACAGGAAGCUCACGAAAUUUCUCGACACCUGGCCACUGCACUCUACCAUCUCGCGCAUAUCUCCUUGUCGGUGCAGAUGCCAGAUCUGUGCACGCUCGCAGGAGCGAAGAUCCUGCUCGGGCGCGUGAUCAGUAAAGCUGACCGCGAUCGAGUACGAGCAAAGAUGAGUCAGUGGGCCAACACUCCAGGCGCGAGGUCUGCUGUACUUCACAGCGUGCGGUAUUUGAAGCUCACUCUGAUGUCUGACACUCCGGCGGAUCGUGGAGGGCGCCAGCCAAUCUCUUCCACGAGCUCUACUUGGCAUGAUGGCUCCAACACUGAUCUGCCACGCUCGUCGGACGUCGUCAUCAUCCGCCCCUGGGUGAUGUAUUACUCGGCCCUCGUCGUCUGGGCAUAUGGCUACCUCCUCGAUGGACCUUUACGGCCGUUCCCAGGGCACAUUUUCCCGGGCCCCCGAUCUGACAUGACUAUCCAAGCCAUGACUUCAUCCAAUCCGUUGUCAGCGGACAGAGGAGAAGCAAUUCGCCACGACGCUGAGCAGUACCUGCAAGCCACUGGAGACUUCUCUGAUCCAGAUGACCUGAGGGCAGUCACGGGCGGCAGAAACCGCGUUGUAGGGGUCCUCACGAUGGCGAUGAGGGCGCUCGAGGGGUCGAGGUGGGAACUGCUGCACGAGGCGCGGACGCGCUUGCGGGAUUGUGUAGAUCAGUUGCGGUGA